UGCGGCGUGUAUUUUUCUGUCCAGGAUUUCUCUAUUCCUCUCAGAUAGCACCACUACGGUAUUUCAGUCUAUAUAAGAGAAGUUGUCUGAACACGUAACAUAGAGUGGGUUUCUGCUUCGCAAGCUGGAUUUUUGUGCCUGAACUUGGACGCAAAGCAUAUUGUAAAGGAGGAAACAUAAUCGUCUGCUUGUUUGGUUGCAAAUAAAAAGUCUGACCACUCAUUUAAAAAUAUAUACAUAACGGUAUUUGAAAAAUAUAUAGCGUAUGUCUAUAUCUGCAUUGGAAGAAAAGUGAAAACCACGGAUCCCGUUUACUCUAAAACACGGGAGUGGUGUGCAGUUUGGUUUAGAUCAAAGGGAGUCUGCUGUGACACAUCUAAAGGAUUUAUCCCCAAAGUGUACAAUGUUGUGGAUCGGGUGUGUUUUUUGUACUUUGUCCGUGCUGUCAGUUGGAGCUGAUCUCAAACCACGAAGCUGCAGCGAGGUCAGGCAGGCGUAUACCGCUAAAGGCUUCAGUCUUGUCAAUGUUCCUCACCAGGAAAUAUCAGGGGAACAUCUGCGAAUCUGUGCCCAGGGAUACACAUGCUGUACCUCAGAAAUGGAAGACAAACUCAGCCAGCAGAGCAAACUGGAGUUUGAAAACCUGGUUGAGGAAGCAAGUCACUCCCUGCGUACAACCUUUGUGUCCAGACAUAAGAAGUUUGAUGAAUUCUUCCGGGAGCUCCUGGAGAACACCAAGAAGUCCUUAAAUGACAUGUUUGUGCGUACGUACGGCCACUUGUACAUGCAGAACUCAGAGGUGUUUCAGGACCUGUUUGCAGAGCUAAAGAGGUACUACACAGGUGGGAACGUUAACUUGGAGGAGAUGCUGAAUGAUUUCUGGGCUCGACUGCUUGAACGGAUGUUUCAGCUGGUGAACACACAGUACCACUUUACAGAGGACUACUUGGAAUGCAUUAGCAAAUACACAGACCAGCUAAAGCCUUUCGGAGAUGUGCCAAGAAAACUCAAGGUUCAGGUUACCAGAGCAUUCAUUGCUGCUCGCACCUUUGUCCAGGGUCUCACUGUUGGCAGGGAGGUGGCCAACAGAGUGUCUAAGGUCAGCCCAACUCCAGGGUGCAUCCGGGCACUAAUGAAGAUGUUAUACUGUCCUCAUUGUCGCGGAAUGCCUGCCCUAAAGCCCUGCAACAACUACUGCCGGAAUGUAAUGAAGGGCUGCCUGGCGAACCAAGCCGAUCUUGAUCCGGAAUGGAAUCUCUUCAUAGAUGCCAUGUUGUUGGUGGCAGAGAGGCUGGAGGGACCAUUUAACAUCGAGGCUGUGAUGGAGCCCAUCGAUGUUAAGAUUUCUGAAGCCAUCAUGAAUAUGCAGGAAAACAGCAUGCAAGUGUCAUCAAAGGUGUUUCAAGGUUGUGGGCAGCCCAAACCAGCUCCUCCUGGAAGAUCCACUCGUGCUGUUUCAGACGUUUUCAACCACCGCUUCAAGCCAUCUGAAGAAAGGCCCACCACAGCAGCUGGCACAAGCCUCGACAGACUGAGGACUGUCUGGAAGACAAUGCAACACAGCGUUGUUGAUAUUAAAGAAAAACUGAAGAAGUCCAAAAAGUUCUGGUCCACAUUACCUGACAGCAUCUGCAGUGAUGUCAAGGUGACAGGUGGCAGAUCUGAUGAAGAGGAAUGCUGGAACGGGCACACGAAGGGCAGGUACUUGCCUGAAGUCAUGAACAAUGGCCUGACAAACCAGAUUAAUAACCCCGAAGUUGAAGUAGACAUCACAAGACCAGACACUUUCAUUCGUCAGCAGAUCAUGGCACUCAGAGUAAUGACAAACAAGCUGAGGAAUGCAUACAAUGGAAAUGAUGUCAAUUUUCAAGACGCAAGUGAUGAAGGCAGUGGGUCAGGGAGCGGCAGUGGCUGCACUGAGAUGUGCAUCCCUGAGUUUGAAGUUAUCAGCACAAAAGCCCCCACUGUGGUCGUGGACAGAUUUGCUGAAACGAAGGCUUCAGCACCCAAGCCGAGCCAUUCCCUGGUACUCACUGUGCUCCUUCUCUGCACGAUCUUCGCACUGCAGAGACCAUUGAGAUAAUGCUGGUGACCGUGCUGAUGGACAGACAGCAGGCCUUGCUGUUUUGUUCAUGUUGGACACUUGACUACACCUUGGCAAUUAAAAGAGUUUUAAAAUAGAGAGCGCAGUACCGUAACCUGCUUCCCGUUUUCCAAAGAAUGCUUGGUGCCAUCUUGAAGCAGCUUAUGCCAAACUGCUUACUCCUUCUCUGGAGCUUUCUGAAGAUGCUGUACUGAAGAACAACUUACUAUCCAAGUCUUUACUUUAAAUACAAAUCUAUUUUUUUCUUUUCUUUCAUACAGUAAAAGUGAAGAGAUCUCACAGAGACUUAAGUCCGGACUCAGUUUCCAUUUUACAGAGGUCCCCCCCACCAAACAAAACAAACCACUGUGAGAAUCCAAUUAGAAAGAACUCUUAUGAGAAGAGCAACCUAUUACUAAGGAUCCCUUAAGCCAAACACUUAAUAUGGAAUUGGAAAUAUCGUGUUUUUAAUAAAGGGUAUUGCCUAUUGAAGAUAAGCAUUUUACUUUUAAUUGAGCACUCUUUUCAGUUUGAGACUUAAAAAAAAAAAAAUCACUUUUUAAUAUUUUUAGGAGGGUUAUUUUUUUAUUUUUAGUGUUAGUCUGUAUUUGUGAAAGUGGUUGACCAUAUGCAGAUAUGAAGAAAAAAAAUGCAACAGAUUGAAGUCAGGCAACAGGCAACAUUUGAAAGUCAUUUUUUCUUUUCUUUUGGUAGAGGUGGAUCCCCCGUUUCUAUUAAGAGUAUGAAUAUUUAUGUAUAUUUUUAAAGUGGAUCGUUAGUACAGAUCGCUCAUAUCUCUUCAAAGCUCUGGGAAUGACUGCGUUUUGUUUCUUUUAGAUGCAGAUCAUACAGAUUUGUUUUGUACUGGUUGUGUUUAAAAAAAAAGAAAAGUACUUUUUAAGUAUACAAGUUUUUACUAAUCUAGCAAUUACUGAUCGUAUGAAAUUGAUAGGCAGUAAAUGUCCUGCCUUAGGACUUUAAGCCAUGUGUGUUGGGCAUGCUUAGCAUGUCAGGGGUACCAGAAACCAGGAGCUGACUUUACACCCGUGUUAACUGAAACACUGUACACUAUUUGAAUCUGAUCCACUGUAUUUUCUAUACAAAAAGAAAAAAAAUGCAUUAUAUCUAUAGAGCAAAUAUGCUCACACAAUGGUUCAUAUUGCUAUUACAUAGCACAUCCUUUUGACACGUAUUUUUUAGAGGUAUUUUGCUUCUGAGUUAACAACUAGGAGCAAAACAAUGUAUUUCUCUUCUUUAGUCUUAGUAUUAAUCAUCUAUUUUUAUAUUCACAGAUUUUACGAAAUUGUAUGUAUUAGCUCAAGGUUGACAUGUCUGUAAACAUGCAAGGUGUUUUGUCAACCGUUUUUUUUUUAUGCUUCAGGCCCCUCUCUUGUUUUUCUGGUGCCCUUUCAAACCUCCAUCCAAUAGAUAUUAACAGACUUCUCAGCUGCUCUAAUCCCUUUAGGUUGCUCAGACACAGUGAGGACCUGGCUGGUUUCAUGUUCUCAGGGUGUUAAAUGCGCCCAACAACACAUUCUGCCUCAGUGACAAAGUGAAGAUUCAGUAAAUAUGAGGAAUGAGUCGGGAUGUUGGGAUUCAAGUAACAACCACCUCAAUUCAGGACCAAAAGCUUAAUGAUUCAAGUGUUUGUCAGCUACAUUCAAUGUGCCCAUGGCACUACACUCCUACGUGCAAAUACAUGAAGUAAGAUAAAAAAAAAAUAACACUACAUAUCUUACAUUGUAGCCCUUUUUAUGCUGUUUUUGUUUAGUACUACAAUCAUAUUUAUCACAAAAUAACCUAAGUAGAUAUUAUUACAAAUAAUUUAACAUAACAAGGAGUGUCUUUUUUUUUUUAAGAAGCCAGUGUUUUGCUUGGUAUGCAUUGCCUUGCCCAUUUUCAGAAGUUGGGGUUCUAAAUCUUUCUAAAAUUAAUUAAGACUAUAUAAGAAAUCCUACAGCAAGGAGUGAUGGAAAGGUUUGUACACAGUGCUCGAUCAGGAUGCUUAACUUGAGACUCAUUUGUCAUCUGCCGAGCUUCAGAAUAAGGAUGAUGUUUGCUGGAUUCCCCAGCAGUACAUUUCAUUUGGGUUUUAAUUCCUUUCCUGAGUCUGAGCAUGACUACAUUGUCUGAAUUGUAUGCCUAUAUUUAAAUUGUCUGGUAAAUAAAGUCAGCAGUCCAUUGCUUAAACACUCCACAAUAUUCUACAUUUAUUUUAAUUUCAGUUGCCAAUCAUAAUACAUAUUUUGCCAAAUCUAUAUGCGGUAUAACAAAGCUUCCCAAUAUAUUAUUUUUAUUAUUUUAUCUUUUCUCCCUUAGAAACAAAACAUAAAUGCAGGCUUCUUCAAUUAACCAUUAGAAGGAUGGACAAUAGGCUGUAUAUAUAUAUAUAUAUAUAUAUAUAUAUAUAACAAGUUGUUUGGAAAGUUUUAUUCAGUAUUACAGUAGCAGGUAUGGGAUUGAUAGUCAUUUGGAGAUGACAUAAAACAAUAUUGUGCAACAUAGUAUCAUGCUUUACAGUUUCGAGGCCUGAGGCACAAGUGAAAAUGAACUUGUGGAAGAGAUCAGUAAAAAAAAUGGAAGUCAGUAAAGGGAGGAGGGCAGGGGGUACAGCGCUAAAUCUGCUGCUGCCGUGCACAUGGUAUAAAUCAAGGCUCAAGUUCUGUGAAGCUUAAAAAGCUAGCAAGGCUGGAAAUGAGAAAAUUAAGUGCAAGCGACAAUUGGGUAAAGCUUGAAUGCACUCGUGAGAAUUUUCAUGGCUACAGCGAUAGUGAGGAGAGAAGGUAUUGGAGUAAACAAGUUAAUAUCACUAAAGCAGACACUUCUAAAAUGAAAGCGAACAGAAAAGUAAAUUGAUCAUUUGUUAUGGGCCUUUAUAAAGGCUUAUAGCUAGUAUAAUGGUGUUAGGUAAUUUACAAUACUUUGUCAUGUUCCAACUUUUGUUACCGAUAGUAAAAGCCAUCAAUAGGUAAUAUAUUACUUAUAUACCUAAUUCCAGCAUCAGAACAAAAGCAUGUAUUCUUCGCUGACUGUAGCUUGCAUAUAUUACAUAUAUAUGUUUUAUAUUUUAACUGACUUUAUGCUUUUAUUUAACUUAUGCUGAGUUAUCAAUAACAUAGAUUCACAGAGUAAGCCAUUUCAUUUGAGUUAAGGUCUACAUUUAUUGGAAAUAAAACAUUUUAUACAGAUGGAUAGAUAUUGUUACACUGUGGGAUUUAAAGAACAAUUUGUGAUUUGUGAAUCUCCUUUAAACAUCGAGCAAGUGCUUAAGAAAAGAAGUUAAUGUACUCAUCUGCUUUAAAUAAAAUAUUUUCCUGUAA